AUGUUUUUCAUUUCAGAUGAUGCGGACGAUGGCGAGGAAGUGAUCACAUGGCGUGAAUUAAAACACUUGAGAGACAGUCAUCAGUGGAACGUCAUCAGGCAUCCGAUGGUACUGAACUUCGUAAACGAGAAACUCCUGCAACGUGCCUAUUUCUAUGUG